AUGCAGUCAGUAUAUAAGUUAGUUUCUACUGUAAAUCAGUUUUAUAGGGAAAUCAACCCUUCAACACUUUCUGGUGCCAUUGACGUGAUUGUCGUAGAACAACCUAAUGGUGAACUAGCAUGUUCACCUUUUCAUGUUCGAUUUGGGAAACUAUUGGUUUUAAGACCUCAAGAAAAGAAGGUUGAAAUUACUGUCAAUGGAAAUGUUGUUGAUUUCCCAAUGAAAAUUGGAGAAGCCGGGGAAGCUUUUUUCGUGUUCGAAACCGAAAACCGUGUCCCAAAAGAAUUGCAAACCUCCCCAUUAGCAGGUCCUAGUGAGCCUUUACCUACUGAAGAGGAACCUGAUUUCUUGGAUUUAAACACAGAUAACCCUAAAGAUAUCCUUAAAAAUAAAGUUGAGCAAAAUAAUACUAUCGGUUUAGAUUUUGGAACAGAUGAUGGUUAUGAAGGAGAUUCUGAACCAAAAAUAUUCGUUUCUGAACCUAAACACAAUGAUGAGAUGAAUGUUGAAUUACCUUCAGUAAUAACAGACCUAGUCAAUCCGACUUCUGAAGAAGAAAAUAUAACAGAUGAAAAUGCAAUUUUAAUAUCAGAUGAUGAGAAACUGAAUAAGACGAUUUUAAAUGGAGAUACCGUUCAUGAAAUGGGAGAAAAACAUACACUUGAUAAUCAAGAUAUGAAAUUGGAAUCAAAUGGCUCGUCGGAUUCAAUAUUAUCAAUUGAUGAUAUUACUGAUUAUAAGCCUGAAUCGCUGGAAAAUUUAUAUUUCAAAUCUGAUGAUAAGCAAGCGAUCGAUGAGGAUGAAAGUCUGUCGAAAGAAGUAAAUAGUGUGGUUGCUAACGUUAGUGCUCUUGAACCUGGUUUAGUAAAUGCUUCUGAUGAUAACCUUGUAGUAAAAAAUAAUGUUGAUUCUAAUUUAGCUCAACUUAGUGACGCGAUAGACACGCAACAGUCCAAAGAAAGUAACAAUAUACCACGAUUAGAAACUGAAGGAUCGAGGCAGAAUCGAGAGAGGGCUUUAUCAAUACCUUCCGUUCAUCCAAAAUGGGAAAAAUCCGAAGGUCCGUUUUCCGAUACAGAAUUGGAAGAAACACGAAAACCAGAAAAACCUUUGGAAAGACGAACAAACAGAGUCAGUCCUUUGAGUGAUACAGAAUUGGAAUAUGGGUCCCAAAAGCCUUCAAAAGAUUCAGAAGAGUGGUCAUGGGUCUGGGGAGCGUUGCCUGUGAGAAAAUCUGAAAAAAUCUCGCAUUGGCAAAAUGGCACGGGCGAUAAAGAUUGGAAAGAUAAUAAUACAAUCGAAAAGCCAUCAGGUAUAGAAAUUGGAGGCAAGGUUCAUCAUUUUGAAAUGUCAUUAUGCGGAAGCGAAGCCUUUGGAAGGGAUGAGCAAAUUGAUGAUGAAAUGUUUCGCAAGAAUCAAAUUACAUACGAAUAUUUCUCGGAAAAUCCGCGGCUUUUGAAUGACAAAUCAUUGGUUUUUAAAUAUGACAACAGAUAUUAUUCGUGGCCGACCGCUGCUCCCAUAAUAGUUUCCUUACUUGUAUAUCAAAAGCCUCUCCCAGAUUCUACAAUGGCUAAUUUAUCUAGUAAUAGACUUGAGGAAUUAAGAUCAUCGGAUCAGCGUAGAUAUAGCCUAAGGGGAUGGAGUCGGUGGUGGAGUCGUUCAUCAAGUCCGGUUCCAAUAGAGGCAUCAGAAAAGAUUGAUAAGAAACCAAAGAAUAAUGUUGAAAAAGAAGAUGAGAAACCGACAAAGUUCUAUGCGAAAACACUACGCCUUACUUCUGAACAAUUGAAAAGUCUCAACUUAAAGAAGGGAGCAAACACAAUAACUUUUUCCGUCCCUUCUUCCUAUCAAGGAAAAGCUACAUGCGUGGCCAAAAUAUUCUUCUGGGAUUGUGACACAAAGAUCGUAAUUUCCGAUAUAGAUGGAACAAUUACAAAGUCGGACGCUCUUGGGCAUGUAUUUACAAUGAUCGGAAAAGACUGGACACAUUCAGGUGUUGCCAAAUUAUACACGGAUAUUCGAAAGAAUGGUUAUCAAAUUUUAUAUCUAACGAGUAGAGCUAUUGGACAGGCCGGAUAUACAAGAGAUUAUUUAAAGAAAGUUGAACAAGACAAAUAUCAAUUGCCUGAUGGACCUGUUAUUAUGUCACCUGAUCGCUUAUUGACCGCCUUUCAUAGAGAAGUAAUUAUGCGCAAACCUGAGGUUUUCAAAAUGGCUUGUUUACGAGAUGUACAAAAAUUGUUUUUUGAUAGAAAUCCAUUUUUUGCAGGAUUUGGAAAUAGGAUAACGGAUGCUUUAUCUUAUCGAAGUGUUAAUGUACCAUCAUCAAGAAUAUUUACAAUUGACACAAAUGGUGAAGUGAAGUUGCAAUUAUUAUCAGGAUAUAAAUCAUCAUAUGUAGAUCUAAGUGAUCUAGUGGAUCAAAUGUUUCCUCACGUUACAUGGGAUACAGUUUAUAAUGAUUGGAAUUAUUGGAAGCCACCUUUGCCGGAAAUUGAUAUACCUACAGAAAUAUAUGAAAAUCAACCAAUACCAUCAUCACCAAAGAAAACAGUUGCUAUAAUUGGAUCGCCUCGUUUAGGAAUGAUUCGAACAUUUACCGGAACUAUAACUGGAAGCAACAAUAUGAAUCAACAGAAGAAAGUGAAUACAGCACAGUCAACACCAGGCAUGUUAGAAUCAUCAGGAAAUACUUCAUCAGAUAAAAUAAAUGAGAAUGAUCCUAUAAUAGCAAAUAAUAGAAUUGUAUAUGUUGGAGGAGAUGUUGAUAUGCCAGAAUGUAUACCGGCUGACAUUGAUUUAAGUGACAUACCUUAUUAA